AAGUGCAGGUUGAAGGUCCACAAAGUGGUGUUUGUAGGGGAUGAGAUCUGUUGAUUUACUGAUUAGCUAUAUACAUAUCUAGGUUCAAUGCUCUCCACUUGGAAGAUAACCUUUGUGAUAACCUGGUACUCAGAUGGUAUAAAAAGCAAAUCCAGGCUCUGCUAGACCAGUCCCGACAGCAACCAUGACAAAGCUUAUUCUCCUCACAGGUCUAACCCUUCUGCUGAAUGCUCAGCUACGCUCUGCCUACCAGCUGACAUGCUAUUUCACCAACUGGGCCCAAUACCGGCCGGACCUGGGAAGCUUCAAGCCUGACAACAUUGACACCUGCCUGUGUACUCAUCUGAUCUAUGCCUUUGCUGGGAUGCGUGACAACAAGAUCACCACCAUGGAAUGGAAUGAUGUGACUCUCUACCAAUCUUUCAACGGCCUGAAAAACAAGAACAACCAGCUGAAAACUCUCCUGGCCAUUGGAGGCUGGAACUUUGGAACUGCCCGUUUCACUGCCAUGGUUUCCACUCAGGAGAAACGCCAGACUUUCAUUGCCUCAGUCAUCAAAUUCCUGCGUCAGUAUGGAUUUGAUGGGCUGGACUUUGAUUGGGAGUACCCUGGCUCUCGUGGAAGCCCUCUUCAGGACAAGCAUCUCUUCACUGUCCUGGUGCAGGAAAUGCGUGAAGCUUUUGAGCAGGAGGCUGAGCAAACCAACAAGCCCAGGCUGCUGGUCACUGCUGCAGUAGCUGCUGGCAUCUCUAACAUCCAGUCUGGUUAUGAGAUCCCUCAGCUGUCCCAGUACCUGGACUACAUCCAUGUCAUGACCUAUGACCUCCAUGGCUCCUGGGAGGGUUACACUGGGGAGAACAGCCCCCUCCACAAGUACCCAACUGACACUGGCAGCAAUGCCUACCUCAAUGUGGAUUAUGCCAUGAACUACUGGAAGGACAAUGGGGCCCCAGCUGAGAAGCUCAUCGUUGGAUUCCCUGCUUAUGGACAUACCUUCAUCCUAAGCAAUCCUUCCAGCACUGGCAUUGGUGCCCCUACUUCUGGUGCUGGUUCUGCUGGACCCUAUACCAGGCAGGCUGGGUUCUGGGCCUACUAUGAGAUCUGUACCUUCCUGCAAAACGGAGCCACUCAGGCAUGGGAUGCCCCUCAGGAUGUGCCCUAUGCCUAUAAGGGCAAUGAAUGGGUUGGCUAUGACAAUGAAGAGAGCUUCAAAAUCAAGGCUCAGUGGCUUAAGCUGAACAAUUUCGGAGGUGCCAUGGUCUGGGCCAUUGACCUGGAUGAUUUCACAGGCACUUUCUGCAACCAGGGCAAGUUCCCUCUGAUCAAUACCUUGAAGAAUGCUCUUGGCCUGAACAGUACAAGUUGCACAGCCUCAGCUCAGCCCAGUAAGCCCAACGGCGGAAGCGGAAGUGGAAGUGAGAGCGGAAGUGGUAGUGAAAGCGGGACUGGGAGCAGCAGUUCUGGAGAUAGCUCUGGCAGCAGUGGAUUCUGUGCUGGCAAAGCCGAUGGCCUCUACCCUGUGGCGAAUAACAGAAAUGCCUUCUGGCACUGUGCAAAUGGAAUCACAUAUAAGAAGAAUUGCCAGGCGGGGCUUGUCUUUGAUACCAGCUGUGAGUGCUGCAACUGGGCAUAAACCUGACCCCUGUCUCCAUUCCCUAGGGUUCUGAAUAGUCUCCUUUGCUUAGCACACCUUGCCCCUACCCAGAGUUCUGCAAUAAAAUCCAUCAGUCAAAA